AUGGGUAAACACGAAUUCUUGACACCAAAAGCCAUCGCAAACAGAAUCAAGGCAAAAGGCCUUCAAAAGUUGAAAUGGUACUGUCAAAUGUGUCAAAAGCAAUGUCGUGACGAAAACGGUUAUCAAUGUCAUAUUCGUUCUGAAUCUCAUCUUCGUCAAAUGGAUCUUUUGAAAGAAAGUCCUUCUACGUACAUGCAUGGAUAUUCCAAGCAGUUUCAAGACGAUUUUGUUAAAUUACUCUCACGAAGAUGGGGAACGAAACGUGUCCAUUCCAAUCUUGUUUAUCAAGAAUAUAUCGCUGAUAGACAUCACGUACAUAUGAAUGGUACGAUAUGGGAAUCUCUGACAGAUUUCGUAAAACAUCUUGGGAAAGAAGGUAUUUGUCAAGUUGAUGAUACACAAAAAGGAUGGUUUGUCACCUGGAUUGAUAAUAGUCCAAAGGCAUUGGCAAGACAGGAGGCUAUUAUGAAAAAAGAACGCUCUGAAAAAGAUGAAGAAGAGAGGACUCGAAAAUUAAUAGAGGAUCAAAUUGAAAGAGCGAAAAAAGAGGCAGCAGAUUUAGGUUUAGAUGAAAAGGAAACAUACACGGAUCUUAAACGUGAAUCGGAAGAAGAAAAGAUCAAACUUAAUCUUUCAUUGGCAAAACCAGCUAAUUCAAAUACAACAGAUAAGAAUGAUUCGGUUGCAGAAGAUACUAACGUUACUGUUCCUACAUCUAAUCAUACUAGCAUAUCCUUUAAUAAACCUUCAGCACAAAAAAAAUCUCUCAGCUCAUUAGUCAAAAAGUCAAAUCCUAUUGCUACACAUAAGAAGGAAAAGGAAAAAGAACAACCGAAAAAGUUGGAGAUAAGAGAAAGAGAUCAUAGAGAUUAUAAAGACAAUCGAAGGGAUUAUAGAGAUAGGGACAGGGAACGGGACAGGGGUCAUAAAGAAAAAGAUCGAGAAUAUAGAGAAAAAGAGAGAGAUAGGGAAAGAUACAAACAAUAUGAUCGGGAAUCAAAAAGAGUUCGUAGGGAUUAG